AUGGAGAACUCCAGCCUGUUGGGCGGCGACGCACAAAAUGCUGGCUUGAUAGACUUUCUUAUGUCGAACACUUUGCAGCAAGUUGUGGAUUUCUCAGAAGACACCACCAUGGCUGGACUGGUGGCAAGUAGUGCAAUCUUCCUGGAAGGCAACACAUUCAGGAUUGCCGAUGGAGCGGAGUUUAUGGCCGCUCCGCCGACGGAAUCCCCUCACCUGAUGCCUGCCUUUUGGGAUUCCCCGCUCAACCACGGAAUCAAUGUAUUCGUGGGACUGGUUCUUUGCUUCACUAUGCUGGGGCUGGGCUGCACGGUGGAGGUUAGCCAGAUUGGAGCACAUAUCCGCAGACCCAUCGGGGUGCUGCUGGCACUGGUGUGUCAGUUUGUUAUCAUGCCCUUGGUGGCCUUUCUGUUGGCUUUAGCCUUCUCUCUGGAUGAUGUGGCAGCGAUGGCUGUUCUCCUCUGUGGCUGCUGCCCGGGAGGAAACUUAUCAAAUAUCAUGUCUCUGCUGGUGCACGGGGAGAUGAAUCUAAGCAUCAUCAUGACAAUAUCUUCCACUCUGCUGGCGCUCGUGCUGAUGCCGCUGUGUCUGUGGAUCUACAGCCGGGCAUGGAUCAACACACCGGUGGUCAACCUCAUGCCCUUCGGGGCCAUCAUCCUGACCCUGUGCAGCACUCUAAUCCCCAUUGGUUUAGGAGUAAUGCUGAGGUACCGCUACACGCGUGUGGCCGACAUUGUUUUGAAGGCAUCUCUGUGGUCUCUGCUGGUCACCCUUGUGAUGCUGUUUAUCCUCACUGGAGCCAUGCUGGGGCCUGAGCUCCUGUCCACCAUCCCGCCCUCUGUCUACAUGGUGGCUGUCCUGAUGCCCAUGUGUGGCUACGCUGCAGGUUACGGCCUGGCCGUGCUCUUUGACCUGCCGCCAAACUCCCGCAGGUCAGUCUCUAUGGAGACAGGAUGCCAGAACGUGCAGCUGUGCACUGCCAUCCUGAAGCUGGCCUUCCCCCCUCAGCUGAUGGGAGGGAUGUACAUGUUCCCUCUCCUGUACGCCCUCUUCCAAGCAGCCGAGGCUGGUGUUUUAAUCCUGACCUACAGGAUGUACAGGAAGAAGGUCCUGCAUAAACCAGACCCCAUGGGGGACAGCGAGGACACGGAUAUAACAUAUCAAAGGUUUCAGGAUGAGGAUUUUGACUCAUCUUAUGGUGCUGUGACAGUGAGUGACCCAAACACCAUCAUGUUGGACCCAUGUCCCCCUGAUCCAACGCCUGUUUAACAAUUUUAAAAAUCAGUUCCCUACAGAUGUAGG